GACUGACAGCAGCAGAGAACAGCACUGGACAAGCACACUACUGAGCAUCAUGGGGUCGCGUCUCUGGAUUCUGAUGCUCGUGGUCCAUCAGGUCUCGCCGUUCAGACUCCUGGCAGAAGCUUCGCCCUGUCGAGUGCUCCAGGAUGACGUCGACUGCAGCAGUCUGAACUUCAGACGGAUCCCGACGCAACUUCCGGCCGUCAUCCGCCGGCUCGACCUGUCUCAGAACCUCCUGCAGAACCUCACGGAGCAAGAGCUUCCGGCGUCCUACUCCAGCAUCCGGCAUCUGGACCUUCAUGGCAACAAGAUCCAGUUCAUCCAGCCGGGACUCUUCCAAGACACGAGCCGCCUGGAGGUGCUGGAUCUGUCGGAAAACUCGCUGGAUCUUUACGCAGCUCUGAAAACACACGUGGGCCCGCUCACGUCCGUGCGGCGUCUGGAUUUGUCAGGAAACGGCCUGUUUACGGAUAUGAGUGAUUACUUCCUGAGCGACGCCCCGGUACUUGCCAACCUCUCCUUAGAUGGGAACAGCAUCACUAAAAUAGGCAGACACACAUUCAACGGAUCUCAGGCUCUGACAAAGAUCGACCUACACAACAACGUCAUCAUUGAGAUCGAAGAAGGCGCGUUCGAGUCCUUGACGGGACUCUCCGAACUCGACUUGUCCAUGAACUCCAUUUCGUGCAUCACGGACUUUAACCUCGUUCAGCUCAAAACGCUGAACUUGAGCAAAAACAGCCUGACGAACUUCCAGGCCGACGAGUCGGAUCAGGAGUUUGAGCUUCUGUAUCUGGACCUGAGGGAAAACAAAAUCCUCUACUUCCCCGUCCUCCCCCUGAGGAACAAACUCAUAUACCUGGACUUGUCCAGAAACCUCUUGAGGAGCGUAAACUGCUCGGGUCCGUUAGAAGAGCUGGAGAACCUGAAGGAUGGCGGGUAUCUGUUGACCGAUCACGACAAACCCCUUUCCCUUUGCGCCAAUCAGAGGCACCAGGAUCUUCCCAGCUUGCUCUACUUGGACUUGAGCUACAACCAGCUCAAAGCUCUUCCGUCCUCGUUCUUCAGCAGUAUGAUGGCUCUGGAGAGCCUAAACGUCAGUAAUAACUGUUUAGGGAGCUUCAGCGUGGAGGGUCUGAACUCUUUGAAGACUCUGGACAUCAGCUCCAACAACCUCCAGAACCUUUCCUUCGGAGGGAACGCGCUGGCCGCGUUGGAGGUUCUUCACUUGGAGGGCAACGCUCUCCAAACUUUAGACGCCGACAGUUUCGCGAGGCUCCCCAGCAUCCGGAGCCUUCACCUUCAGCAGAACCAGCUCAGCGUUUGUUCUCCUCGGGAAGGUCCAACUGGCAGCUGUGUCCAACUCUCCUCUAUCCCAACCCUGAGGUAUCUGUACCUCUCUGAGAACGGGCUGUUGUCGCUUCCGCCGGGGUCGUUCCAAGGCAGCCCGCUGCUCAUCCUGGAUCUCUCCCAGAAUCCCGGCGUGGACGUCGUCCCGUCAUCCCUCUCAGGUCUGGAGUCGUCUCUCUGCCAUCUUUCCCUGAGAGGAAACCAGCUGCAAUCCCUAUCCAUCGACUUCAGCCUCUUCCGGAACCUGAAGUCCUUGGAUCUGUCGGUGAACCGGCUCACGGGCGUCUCUCUGUGGAGCGGAGAUUCCUCCGUGGAGUCCUUGAACCUGCAGAACAACAGUUUGGUGAUGCUCGCGUCCGACGCCGUCGUCGCUCUGCAGAAAACGCUCCGAACUUUAUACGUGGGCUCAAACCCGCUGAGCUGCUGCAGAAACACGCACCUCCUCGCGCUGCUCCAGCAGAACAGACUCUACGUGCCGGACAUCUCCAGCGCCACCUGCUGGAUCACCAGAGACUCGGAGAGCGUGGAGGUCGGCGUGAGCUCGGUGCAGGCGGAGCACUGCGAGUCGGCGGACGGGAAAGUGUUGUGGAUAAGCGUGAUCGUGGUGCUGGCGCUGGGACUGGCGCUGGUGUUGAUCGUCACAUUAAAGCACUGUCACUCGAAGAGGCAUGGAUUCAACAGAGGCAUCAAAGCGUGAAUCUAAAGAAGGAAAAGAAACCAAAGCGCUCUCACCUGACUGUGGUGCCGCAUGCAUGACACUGGGUUUCAGUAUGCGAUGCGUGGGUGAAAUCAGCCUGAUCGCCAUCACAAAUGCACGAAACUCUUGCGUUCAAAACCACGUCCCUCAAACUAUCUAGCAUUUCUACAGGAGAUCCUGGGCAGUAACACUACACUUUCUGAUGUAUAAUGCAUGCACUUUACUGACUGUGAUUUGUGACUAUUGGAGUGAAAUGUACCUGUGAAAUGUUUGCAUAUUGCAAAACCGACUUUGAAUGCAAAACACGAUUGUAGGAGUGUAGUGUUGUGCAUCAGCCGGAGGAAUUUCAUCAUACAGAGGAAGUGUUUUUACUGGGACACCUGCAGCCGAGCGCCGCUUUCCUGUUGUUGAGCUCAGUUUCCUAUCCUGGCGUUGAUGAUUUAUUCAUUCAAACUGGUGUUUGACAAGUUUAGCUCUGCACACAAACCGGCCGCGAUGUUUGUUUGGUCUUUUUUUAGAUAUUUCCAGCCUGGUGCAGGAAUAAGUUUGACCCUGGUGUUUAUAUCAGGUGUUGGAUAAAGAUAGACAGGAAAUCCCUGUCACAUCAUCGCCGCAGAUAUUAUUGGCACGGCAACGAAAGGAGCUUCCUCCUAUCGGUUUGAGUCACGGCCGCCGGCGUCACGCCCCCUUCUGCUUUCCAGCUACACAUGACAUGACCAAACCCGCAGCAGUCACACACACGUCAUGUAUGAGCCGCCACUACUAUAUGAAGGAACUGUCACCACAAUGUUUGUAUAAUGAACUACUGUGUAAAUCUAUUUAUGGAGUAUUUUCCUAAAUAAAAGGUCUCUGUUA